GCCCCUAGGAUUCUUUCACAUUGGACCAUUUAGAAUAACAGAAAGGUCCAUCCUUCCACUAUAUACGUACACAUUCAUGUAUGUGUAUAUAAUAUAGCUUCUUCGUGAGCAAAAACCCACCAAAUAUUUCUCAUCUUUUGAAGUUCUCGAACAAGUUACAGUCCUCAAAACGAAUGGCAGCCAUGAAAGUUCAUGGAUACCCUUUGUCAACAGCUACUCAAAGGGUCCUUGCUUGCCUUUACGAAAAAGAUGUUGAGUUUCAGUUUGUUAACGUAGACAUGGUCGCUGGAGAGCAUAAAUCCCCAAAUUUCCUUCCCCUCAACCCAUUUGGUCAAGUUCCAGCUUUUGAAGAAGGGGACUUGAAACUCUUUGAAUCAAGGGCAACCACCCACUAUAUCGCCCAUGAAUACGCCGAUAAAGGGACCCAACUCUUGUUGCCGGGUUCUAACAAGACGAUGGCAGUCUUUCAAUUGUGGAAGGAAGUUGAAGCUCACCAGUUCGACCCUCCAUCGACGAAGCUAGUCUUUGAGCUGCGUUACAAGCCCCAUUUUGGGAUGACCACCGACACGGCGGUUGUGGAAGAAUACGAAGCUAAGUUUGCCAAAGUUUUAGAUGUGUACGAGGCUCGUUUGGCUGAGUCCAAGUACUUGGCUUGUGACCACUUCACCUUGGCCGAUCUGCAUCACCUCCCUACUGUUCAGUACUUGUUGGGGAGCUCGGCCAAGAAGCUGUUUGAUUCGCGGCCACAUGUGAGCGCUUGGGUGGCUGAUAUCACUGCAAGGCCAGCUUGGAGCAAGGUGAUGGGUAUGCUGAAACAGUAAACACUUGGGGUACAACAAUUAGUAUUGAAUGAAUAAAGGCAGGGGUGUAAACGUUUGCAGUUUGGUUUCAAUGUUGUGCGUCUCUCGUUUGUUGAAAUUACAAGUCUCCUGUCCUAAUCAUUGUGUCUCGAAUCAUUACUAAAAGAGAUCAAAAUCGAGGACUUGGGGAUGCAAUAUAAGAAGCUAUUUUGUAUUGAACGAAUAAUGUUUGAUUUUAA